AUGAUGGGGCGCGAGGUCAAAGUGGAGAGGCAGGUGCAGUCCAUAGAGCAGAAGCUGGACCUGCUGCUCGGCAUCUACUCCCAGUGCCUCCGCAAGGGCUCCGUGAACUCCUUCAGCCUGGCCGCCGUGCAGGUGCCCCCCGGUGAGCCAGACAUCACCUCCGACUACCACAGCCCCGUGGACCACGAGGACAUCUCGGUCUCUGCCCAGACCCUCAACAUCUCCAGGUCGGCCAGCACCAACAUGGACUGAGCGGGGAGGCAGCAGGACGGAUCCUGCCCGUGUGCAGCCAGUGGGACGGGGUGCUGGGACACGGGAGCAGCCUGGCAUCGCCUGGUCCCCCCUGUCC